AUGCGCGUCGCCGUCGUGCAGUUCGCACCCAAGAUCGGGCGAGUGCAGGAGAACCUCGAGACGGCUGGGACACUAUGUGCGCAGCUGACACCGCGCUCCGUUGACCUGGUAUGCUUGCCCGAGAUGAUCUUCACGGGGUACGUCUUCCCCGAUGCCCAGUCGAUCACCCCGCACCUGGAGGAACCCGGGACAGGAUCGACGUCCCGCUUCUGCGCCGAGCUCGCGAAACGGCUGCAUUGCCAUGUAACGGCUGGGUACCCCGAACGCCUUCCUCCCGAUGAAGCGAAGGCACUCUCCCCACGAGAGCACGACGGCAAGGAGGUACAACCAGUGGGAGCUAACGGCGCCGUGCUCUACGGACCGGACGGCCAACUAGUGGGGACCUACCGCAAGACGAACCUGUACAUGACGGACAUGACAUGGGCGGUCCCAGGGCCCGGGUUCGUCACGUUCACCCUCCCGCCCCCGCUGGGCACCGUCACCCUCGCGAUCUGCAUGGAUCUCAACCCCGUCCCGUCCGCCGAGUGGAAUCUCGACUCGGGCCCUUACGAGCUCGCCGCCCACUGCAUCGCCACGAAGUCCAACCUCCUUGUCCUCUUGAACGCGUGGCUGGACUCGGGCGACGAGGAAGACAGCGAUGAAGACUGGGGCACCAUGAACUACUGGGCCGCACGGCUGCGGCCGCUGUGGGACAAGGCCUUGCUCGACGGGCACGGCAGCCAUAGCCGGGACAUGCACACGGAGCCGGGAGAAGAGACCAUCGUGGUCGUGUGUAAUCGCUUUGGCGAAGAAAAUGGCAUAACAUUUGCAGGCUCUUCGUCACUCUACAGCAUGAGGCGACACUCGGGAAAGCCACGACUGCUAGCUGCUAUGGGUCGGCGAGAGGAGGGUGUUGCUAUCUGGACUGUCCCCGGUCGCUGA